AAGGUGAGCUUGUGUCGCGCCUAUACGAGAAGGCAUUCCGACUUUUUGUUGACUCCUUUGUUGCACCAUUUUGAGCCGACUGAAUAAUCAAAAAUGGUGAAGGAAGAAAAGGAAAUAGCCAACCGGCCUGACAACACAGCCUUCACCCAGCAGAGGCUUCCUGCAUGGCAGCCCAUGCUCUCCGCUGGCAUUGUCAUCCCAGGGUUUGUCCUCAUCGGCCUGGCAUUCAUUGGCAUUGGUGUUGCUCUCUUUGUCACUUCAAGAAGCAUCACGGUUUUGGAGAUCGACUACACUGGUAUUGAAAAAGAUUCACCAUGCUACAAGUGCUCAGACUCAGAUGCCAAGAACUGUGUGUGCAACCUGGUCUUCUCCAUUGACAGUCUCUUUGAGGGACCCGUGUUCUUUUAUUAUGGUUUGUCAAACUACUUCCAGAAUUACAGAAAGUAUGCUGCGUCCAGAGAUGAUGAACAGCUGUCUGGGGACUUGGAUGCCUUUACCGCUCCCAGUGACAGCUGUUCACCCUAUAAUUAUAACAGCAACGAUAAGCCAAUUGUACCCUGUGGAGCAAUCGCAAACAGCAUGUUCAAUGACACUUUCGUGCUGUAUAGGGUCGUCAAUGGUGCAAAGCAGCUGGUGCCCUUGGAUGGAAAAGGGAUUGCUUGGUGGACAGACUACAACGUCAAGUUCCGAAACCCCAGUGUGACACCUCUGAAGAAUGCAUUCAACAACACUGUUAAACCCAUAUUUUGGCCCAAGCCCGCUUACCAGUUGGACACCUCAGACCCUGCUAACAACGGCUUCAUCAAUCAAGAUUUCCUGGUGUGGAUGAGGAGAGCCGCCCUGCCAGAUUUCAGAAAGCUGUAUCGACGAAUCACCGACGGGGACUAUGCAAAGGGUCUCCCAGCUGGAAACUACUCUCUUACAAUCGCGUACAACUAUCCCGUUGUGAGCUUCGAUGGGAGAAAGAAGGUGGUGUUCAGCAACGUGUCCUGGAUGGGUGGAAAGAAUGAGUUCCUCGGCAUUGCCUACCUUGUUGUUGGUUCAUUAUGCGUCUUGAUGUCCAUGGUCAUGCUCAUUGUCUAUGCUAAAUUCAAGUUUCCUGAGGAAGACUGAGUGCCUGGUGGGUGCAAUGGUUUGUCUUCUUAAUCAAAAUGUUUCCCUUUUUACUCAAUGGGUCGAUUAAAGUACAGUGCAAUGCUCACACAAAAGUUGGAGCGUAACCCUCCCCCCCCCCUGAGCAUGCAAGUCUGUUGACACUUUUUUUGAGGCAAGCCUUGACACUGGAGUUUCCCAGCGACUUCAAGACAUAAUGAUAUCCAAUAUGGUUAUGUUGUGUAUAUAUUGAUAUUAAGUUAAAAAACAAUGCAAAGUCAGCUAGCCUUCAUUAAAAGUAGAACAGCUGAAAGGGGUGGGUUUUUCGUCGUUAAUUAAUGAGCUGCCUCCUCAUCUUAGGUCAGUAACAAUAUAUUAAAGCCAUAAACUGUUUGAUAAGCCAUAUGAUACAGACAAUAAUUUAUAAUUGAUUUUGUGAGAGCUGUGACGUUUAGCUUAGCAAUAGUGCUGUUAAUUGUGGGAAUAUUAACUCAGGUAUCUGGUGCACAGGCAUGCAAGCCCAUGUUUUAACUCUUAAUGUGGUUCUAAGAUUUUACUUUAUGUUUAUAUUUAUUUAAUAAAAUGUCUUUUUAAAACAA